AUGCUGAAAGAUAUCCGAGGGGUUCCGAAGCUCAUCAAGUCAUGGAACGUUCAGGUCUCUGGGACUCCCAAUACCACAGGUCCUCAUCGGGGGACGUUACCCUCAGGAACAAACACGGCUGAGCUACGUAUUCAUCGAUACUUGGUCCUGGAACCAUACACUGUUCCAAUCACUUACUUCUCUCAUCGAAUGGAGUUGCUCGAGUGUUUAAUAGAUGUGAUAAACACGCAUUCUGAUAUUGUUGGUCGAGGUAUACUACACUGUGAUGUCAGCAUCAAUAAUGUCAUGAUAUUUUUCGAGUAUACUGCCAAUGGUAUCAUUGCAAGGGGUCUCCUAAUCAAUUUCGACUAUGUCACAAAAAUCUCUAAAGGAACUGAUCAUGCUGUUGGACGACAGGACCUUACUGGAACUUUGAUGUUCAUGGCUAGCAGCAUCCUGCUGCAAUACUCGGAGCAUGGCAUUCCAUGUGAACAGACCAUCGCUCACGACCUGGAAUCAUCCAUAUACAUCUUCAUCUACAUCUGCAUGAUGUAUGAUGGCCCUGGCAACAAGCUUCGAAACAAUAAGCUUUUUAAUGAGACUAUCAUCGGUUGGUGGAUCUAUGGGGAAUGGGACGCAAUAGGGCUAAUCAAGCACCGACAUAUGGAACAAUCAGAUCUCAUUAUAGUGGACAUCACUCAAUACUUUCAGCCAUUUUUGACUCUCAUCACCAAGCUGUGCUUGCUUCUUAGCGAGCAGAUCAACUACAUGAAAAUCUUUGAUGGCCAUGGUGUUAAACCCACCAUCAAGCCACCUCUUACACACACAAAACUUAUUAGCAUAAUCCAGCCGUCCAUUGAUGACGACGACCAUGAUGAACCUCUGUCAAUCCAUACACACAUCAGGCAGCUCGUUUUUGAUGGCAAGGCACCUUCAUUUGUUACCAAAGGUGAUUGA